UUCUGCCCUACCCUCAAGGCAUAAACCCAUAAAAGCUUUAGCUUUACUCACAGUCUGUGACUCUUUUUUGUCAGGCGCAACGGAAUAAGUAUUAAUGUGUGUCACGGUCCCUCCCCGACCCAUUCCAAUGGACAUUAGUAGCUACGUCCACGGCUUGUUUGAAUAGAGCUAAGAGUUGAGCCGGGGGGAGUUAGUUGUACUUUGUAUAUUUUAAAAUACGAAAAUACCAAUGUAAACUUCUUAAGUCCACCAAUUUUUGUAAUAUUACCUGGAAAACUUCCUGUAAAUGAAGAAUGCCUGAAAUGAAAUAAGAAACGUCUCUAUGUGGCGACGUCAUUACUACUCAGUCCCAGGGAUGCCCAGGAAAUGCUGCAAGAAAUGAAAGAUGGCUGACCGAAUUUCUAUUUUCUAUGAUAACGGAGUCUGUGAGAUAAUGUGAAACCUUGAGCCUCAUUGCAUGAAUAAGAUGGCUAAGAAACACUCUAUAUACUUCUCAAUUAACGACAGGAGAAAUGGUUGUGUGCAAGGGAGUAGUUUACGUCUAAACGUUUUUCGAAGUGACUACUUGCUUAGAAGAUUGAAAUGUGACAAAGUGUUUGGUGGUCAUCUGGGAUGUGUCAACACGGUUGUAUGGAAUGAUUCCGGUGAUUUACUUUUGUCUGGUUCUGAUGACUGUCAACUGAACAUCUAUAAACCAUAUUCUAUGAAGCCUAUCCAUUCCAUCAACAGUGGCCAUCAUGCAAAUAUUUUCAGUGCAAAGUUUCUUCCUUGUACUUCAGAUACAAAGAUUGCAUCAUGUUCAGGUGAUGGUAUACUUCACUAUAAUGAAGUGAAUGAUUCAUCAUCUCAUGGAAAGAAUCAAUUCUCAUGUCACACAGGAACUACAUAUGAGGUCAACACAACCCCUGGUGAUCCAAACACAUUCAUGUCUUCUGGAGAGGAUGGAAUGGUCCGCUUGUUUGACAUAAGAAAUAAGACUAAAUGUGCUUGUAAUGGAUGUAAAAAGGAUGUUUUAAUCAAUACUGAUAAAGCUGUUACAUCCUUCAGCAUUAAUCCUAUUCAGCCAUAUUAUGUUGCUGUCGGAUGUGAUAAUAGUUCACUUUAUGUAUAUGAUCGACGAACUUUAACUGUUGGAGAACCAUUAGAUGGAAGCAGCCAGCAAGGAUUACUGUAUCAGUUUAAACAAACAUUGGAGAAACGAGAUUGUCGUGUGACAUCUUUGAAAUACAGUCCUAAUGGUCGAAAUCUGUUAGCAAGCUAUUGUUCCGACUAUGUCUAUCUCUUUGAUGCAAAACCAGAAGCCAGAGAGCCGCUAUUGUCUGCUGAAAGUGAAAAAAAUGAAGAAACCUGCUGCCCUAACGUCGACAAUGAUCCUCCUAUGAAGCGUUUAAGACUGCGCGGGGACUGGUCCGAUACAGGUCCUAAUGCUAGACCUAAUGGAGAGGAGCCAGUAAGUAGUACGGAAGAUAACUUUGAACGUCGCAUGUCUGGGUAUUUCACUCGAUGGAUUGAGGAAUCUCUACGUAUCGCACGUGAAGAAAGACGUCAUGCACGUCAUGAAUCUGAUCAUGAUGAUAGUCAUGACGAUGAAAAUAAUGACGUCAGUGAUAGAAGUAAUGUAACUUUUGAGAAUGAAACAUCGCUGACUCAAGAAGUCCAAGGCAGCAAUGACGUCAUUCGGCAAGAUAUCCAAGGUAAUAAUGGCAUCAUUCGAGAUGAAGUUGAUGUCACUGAUGAUGUCAUUCAAGAUUGUGAGUCAUCAGAGAACAAUGUGGUUGAUAGUGAUAUUGCUGAAGGUUUGUCCCAAACGUUUAAUGAGGAUGCCAUCCAAGAUGGCCGUUGUGUACAUAAUAAUGAAAAAUCUUAUCAGAGUUAUAAACGGCCUAACAAUUCUCAAACCAGAAACGAUAACCUCAUUCAAUAUGAUCGUAUGAUUGAUGACGAGGGAUCAUGUCAGAACGAAAGACAACCUAACACUUCCCAAGAAGGAAGUGAUGACGUCAUUAAAGAUGGCAGCCGUGUGCUUGACAAUGAAGAAUCAUGUCAGAGAGACAUACAUCUUGAAUCUGCCGAACAAUCAAGCAAUGAAACACGUCGUCAUAACGCUGCUUCGGCAAUACAAAAUUUUUUCCGCUUUCGUAUGAAGAAAAACGACCAAACCGUCACGUGUGAAACACGUUCAUAUUCCAGAUUUCAGCAAGUAUACAGAGGUCACCGAAACGCUCGCACAAUGAUCAAGGAAGCCAACUUUUGGGGUAAUGAUUACAUUCUUAGCGGGAGCGACUGUGGUCGAAUAUUCAUUUGGUCGAGAAAAAGUGCGGACGUUGUCAUGUUACUGGAGGGUGAUCGACAUGUUGUAAAUUGUGUUCAACCACAUCCAUACUUACCCUUUUUAGCUACCAGUGGUAUUGAUUAUGAUAUUAAAUUAUGGACCCCUUCAUCGUUGAAUGUCAAUAACAUGGAGAAUAUACCGGAGGUGAUAUCUCGCAAUGAGCGCAUGCUCCGUGAAAGUCGUGAUACCCUCACUGUACCUGCAUCGUUUAUGAUAAGACUUCUUUCAUCUCUUCAUCGAGUACGGUUUCAAGGAGGACACGGCGAAUCUUCUACGGAUGAAGGCGACAGCGACUAACAACAAACAUUGCACAAUCAAAGUUACCUCGUAUACUGGUAUAUGAAGUUUGGCUUGGGUCACGUAGAUCCUCUCGUAACACUCAAGAUCCUGUCUUGUACUUGCCUUUUUGAUGGCCGUAAGUAGAUGUUGAUAAAUGGCUGGAAUUCUAUAGAACGAGGGGAAAAGUGCCGAGUUACGUUAGACAUAAGUCUUUAAAAUGGGAGAUCACUACUAUUAUAGUAUAUGCUAUUGAUAAAACAAACGAUGUCUUUAUUUUCAAAUGUGUGCUAGCCCCAAGAGUGCACAUGCAAAAUGUAUGCGAGGCCCCAAUAUAGCAUGUGUAAAAUGGAUGUGCAUUCCCAUCAUGGCACAUGUAAAAUGGAUGUGAGCCUCUAGCACAGCACAUGAAAAAUGAGUGAAUUCCAGCAUAGCACAUGUGAAAUGUUGGUAAGUCUUUGCAUAGCACGUGUAAAAUGUAUGUGAGUUCUCAGUAUGACACAUGAGACGAAAGUAUAUUCUAGAUGACGUAACUCGCUAAAUGGUAGGAAUUAUAGGGGAUUUGCGAUCAAAUUUUUUGAAAUGCAUUUGUUUUCAGCACAGCACUAUAUUAUAUAGUUAAUCAAGUUAUAACAACAUAGUUUAGAGAUUCAAUGAGUCUUACAGGCUUAUUCGUACUUGAUCCAGUUUGUAUGUAAACUAGCACGAAGAUAAUCCAUAGUUCAUCUUGUUAUAUCUUACCUUGUCAUAUAAUUCUCUUGCGUGAUGGCUUCGUGGUAGUGAAGCAAUAAAGUUUGAAAGAAAUUUUUGCGAAUUUCUUCAAGUUCUUGGCAUUUAUUAAA